AGGGGAGGAAUGAGGAAGAAGUCCUCCUCGCUCGUCUCGCGCGCCUCGUCCCAGCUCGUGCGGGUUUGCUGAUGCAGCGGCUCCGGUCACCGGAUCCUACAGGUCGCCCCGGUCCCGCCGCGUGGAAACGAGGAGUCGAGCGGAAACAGAUCCACGGAGGAGCUGCCGGUGCAUGGGAAUCUCCUCACCCCUCCUCACCCCCCCUCACCCCUCCUCCUGCGCGCCUCGCUCGCUGGACACGCCGCGUAUAAGAGCUCCCUGCGUCUCCAUUACCAUUCCCCACUACUGGCGUACCUCUACUCCUCCUCCGCCUCCUCCUCCGCCUCCUCCUCCUCCUCCUCUGCUUCUUACUUCUUCAGUGGAGCUGUGGAGCCGUAGUGCCGCUCGUACGCCUCCGGACUGUGGACACUCUGGACACGAAGAUUGAAGAUCCUCAUUCAUCGUCACCUCGUGGUUCUGGUCCGGACGUCACCAUGGGCCGCUGGGAUCACUCCCUCCUGUCCCCUGCCCCGAGGCUAGCAGUCGUCACGGUGAUUCUCCUCCUCCAACUCCAGCUCUCGUUGGCUGGCGCGCCGCCUGAGCCGAACUUGGGCGACUCGGUUUUUGCAGUGUCCACCAAUAAAACCGAGUGCUCCAAGCCCGAGGCGUGCGCACGAGGGGUGGUGCUGCCUAUUUGGGAGCCGCAGAAUCCGUCGUUUGGCGACAAGGUUGCCCGGGCUACAGUUUACUUUGUGGCCCUGGUCUACAUGUUCUUGGGUGUGUCCAUCAUCGCUGACCGUUUCAUGGCGUCGAUAGAGGUCAUCACGUCACAGGAAAAGGAGAUCACCAUCAAGAAACCCAACGGGGAAACCACCACCACGACUGUUCGAAUCUGGAACGAGACCGUGUCCAAUCUCACCCUCAUGGCUCUGGGCUCUUCAGCUCCUGAGAUCCUGCUGUCCGUCAUAGAGGUCAUGGGUCACGGGUUCCAGGCGGGCACGCUGGGCCCCUCCACCAUCGUGGGCUCCGCGGCAUUCAACAUGUUCGUCAUCAUCGGGCUUUGUGUGUACGUGGUGCCUGACGGGGAGACGAGGAGGGUCAAGCACCUCCGUGUCUUCUUCGUCACGGCCACCUGGAGUAUCUUCGCCUACAUUUGGCUCUACCUGAUCCUGUGUGUGAUCUCGCCGGGCGUGGUGCAGGUGUGGGAGGCGCUGCUCACGUUCAUGUUCUUCCCCAUCUGCGUGGUCUUUGCCUGGGUGGCUGACCGCCGCCUGCUUUUCUACAAGUACGUGUACAAGCGCUACCGCACUGGCAAGCAACGUGGAAUGAUCAUCGAGACCGAGGGCGACCGUCCACUUCCUUCCAAGGUGGACAUCGAGAUGGACGGGAAGAUGCUGAACUCUCAUGGUGUCGACUUCCUGGACGGGCCCCUGGGUUUGGAUCUGGACGAGAAGGAUCUGGACGAGGAGGAGACCCGCAGAGACAUGGCCAAGAUCCUGAAGGAGCUCAAACAGAAGCACCCGGACAAGGAGGUGGAACAACUCAUUGAGCUCGCCAACUACCAAGUCCUGAGCCAGCAGCAGAAGAGUCGUGCUUUCUACCGUUGCCAGGCCACUCGGCUGAUGACAGGCGCUGGCAACAUCCUGAAGAAACACGCCGCCGAUCAGGCCCGAAAGGCCGUCAGCAUGCACGAGGUUCGCUCUGAUGUCGGUGACAACGACCCCAUCUCCAAGAUCCUCUUUGAGCCCGGUUCCUACCAGUGCCUCGAGAACUGUGGCACCGUGGCCGUCAACGUGAUGCGGCGCGGCGGCGACCUGGGCAAAACUAUUACUGUGGACUACCGGACAGAAGACGGGACGGCCAACGCUGGAUCGGACUACGAGUUCACAGAGGGCGUGGUGGUGUUCAAGUCCGGUGAGACGCUGAAAGAGAUCCGCGUGGGGAUCAUUGAUGACGACAUCUUUGAGGAGGAUGAAAACUUCCUGAUUCACCUGUCCAACGUCCGGGUGUUGACCUCUGAAGGCGAGGAGCCCGAUGAAGGCGAGGCCGCGAAUCACGUGGACUCGGUGGCCUGUCUCGGCCUACCCGCCACAGCGACCGUCACCAUCUUUGAUGACGACCACGCCGGUAUCUUUACGUUUGAGGAGCCUGUUUGCCAUGUGAGCGAGAGCGUCGGCACCAUGGAGGUGAAGGUGCUGAGAACGUCGGGGGCUCGCGGCGUGGUCACGGUGCCGUACAAGACGGUGGAGGGAACGGCACGAGGCAGCGGGGAGGACUUCGAAGACUCUCACGGCGUCUUGGAGUUUCAGAACGACGAGAUCUUGAAGAGCCUAACCAUUAGGAUCUUAGACCGGGAGGUGUACAAUAAGCAGUCCUCCUUCUACGUUCUGCUCGAAACCCCCCAAUGGAGACGCAGCAGGAAGGAACGGACAGAAGAACAGCAGAAGGAAGAGGUGGAGGAAGAAGAAGCGCUGACAGGAAAAGACGAUGAGGAGCGCCGCAUCGCUGAUAUGGGCCGGCCCAUGCUGGGAGACCACGUCAAACUGGAGAUCAUCAUCGAGGAGUCGUACGAGUUCAAGAACACCGUGGACAAGCUGAUCAAGAAGACCAACCUGGCUCUGCUGGUGGGAACCAACAGCUGGAGAGACCAGUUCAUAGAGGCCAUCACUGUGAGCGCAGGUGAGGACGAUGACGACGACGAGUGCGGGGAGGAGAAGCUGCCGUCAUGUUUCGACUACGUCAUGCACUUCCUCACCGUGUUCUGGAAGGUUCUGUUCGCCUUCGUCCCGCCCACAGACUACUGGAACGGCUGGGCCUGUUUCGUCGUGUCCAUAUGCAUGAUCGGCCUGCUCACCGGCCUCAUUGGGGACCUUGCUUCUCAUUUCGGCUGCACAGUCGGCCUGAAGGACUCCGUCACAGCCGUCGUCUUUGUUGCCUUGGGAACCUCUGUACCAGAUACCUUUGCCAGUAAGGUCGCUGCGAUCCAGGAUCAGUACGCAGACGCCUCCAUCGGUAAUGUGACGGGCUCGAAUGCUGUCAACGUGUUCCUGGGCAUCGGGGUGGCGUGGUCCAUCGCAGCCAUCUACCACCAAAGCAAUGGGGAGGAGUUCAGGGUGGACCCCGGCAGGCUGGCCUUCUCCGUCACCCUCUUCACCAUCUUUGCCUUUGUCGCCGUCGGCACACUGAUGUACCGACGGAAGCCGGAGAUCGGUGGCGAGUUGGGCGGGCCUCGGACUGCGAAGGUCCUGACCACCAUGCUGUUCGUCAGCCUGUGGCUCCUCUACAUCCUCUUCUCCUCACUGGAGGCCUACUGUCACAUCACGGGCUUCUAAGAUGACAAGGAGACGACGAAGGAAAGGAGAACAUGGAAGGAGAAGCCAAGGGGAGGUGGGUGAAGGGAUGGAUUUGCAAAUCAAGACUGUCUCAUAGAUCUAUCACUCCCCCCCCUUUACGCAAUAGAUUGAAUGAGGGAUGAAUGGAUGGAUGUACAGAUGAAGGAAUGGAGGACGCAUUAAAGCAUCUUAUAGCAGAAUCUGAAGGAGUAUGGAGACAUUGAAGGAUGACAGCAGACAGGAGAAUCGUGGGAUCAAGAGAAAUGGCUCAGAAGAUGGAAAAAUUGUUGGAAAAUGAAUAAACUAAGGAAUACAUGUUUUGUCUCAACCUAUAAAUCCAAACCAAUCAAGCUGUCUUGAACCUGCCCCUGUUCGAGAAACGAAUCCGCAAAGUCACAAACACAGAAAUAAACACACAGCUGGUUCAACGUACUGAAAUCGAAACAAGUCUUAAUAAAACGAGGAGCGAGAAGAAUUACCAACGUACUGACGCACCGGCGCGGCUCCCGGGAGGCGUGGCUUCAACAACGGCGUUCAUCCUCUGUCACGGGAGCUGUGCAGCUCCCGCAUCCCGCUGCAGUGAGAGGAGACUGCAUCAGUGUGUACAUGCAUGACCAGACCAACCUGAAAACACAAUCAGAAGAGGACGGACAUAUUGCCAUAACUGUUUAAUGACAACAAACUGUGAGCGUGCUGCUGUGUGACUGUGUGUUUCUGUGCUUGUGUGUGUCGUGGGAAGAUGGUGAAGUACUGUGAUGAAAAAAAAAAACUCCUCGUUUUUCGCUGUCUCAGCAUGAGACGUGCUUUUCGUAUUCGAGGUUCUUUCUGGCUCUCGCCUCAAGAAACGCUGAGUAAUGCUUUGGGGGCACAUUCGAAGAAGCGAACAUCACUGAGGUUAGAGAUGUAAAUAAGAGCUGGACGUACGCCGCAGCUCCACGACUUUCCAUCUGAAUGUCUCGGUUCCGCCAUGCGCUCCUGAACGGGCCCUUUUCCGUUGCUUCGUACUGUAGGUGUAACUGAUUUAAGGUCUAAUUUUAAUCGAGAAGGGGUUAGUGUGCUUUUACCUUUAAUAAGGCCGCGUCUGAGGACACAAAAUGGCCGCUCUACCGUUUAAAACUGUUAGAGAAGCUAUUAUCAUUGCAUAAAUAUCUAGGUUAAUAUUACGUGUUUUGUUUUUUUUUAAACUGUGGAAUUCUGUUACCUGGUUUUCCACCAAGGAGAUCGCCACCAUCAUUGUCCAUCGUAACAUUGCAAUAGACUUUUUAACGUUAAGUACCGCCCUCAGUGAAACGUCAUCCUUGUUGUAGCUGCCUCUUGUCAUCGUUUCUCUCACGUUGAUGCCGAUUUUCUAUUGGUUCACUCGACAGCUUCGGUCAUUACCCCAGUGUGUCUUAACCACCUCCCGCUGGCUGGUCAGUGGACCAAUCAAAAUCCUCAAGGGCUUUGUAAGAAACAACCACUAAUCCCUUUUCCUGAUCCCUGAUUUAUGAUUCUUCGUACAGAUCGAGCCUCGGUGGGCUAUUUCACAGGGAUUUGUAUUCCCCCGACCUCAUACAUCACUCGCUUAGUUGGUAGGAAUUUGCUUCAGUGCGGCUUUAAGAGAAAAAUCUACAAAAAAAAACAAGACGAUAAAAUAAGUAACACAGCUUCAUUUAGUGCAGACAUCGACCGGCCAAGUAUCCAGAGUUACACAAAUAUCAGAGCCGCAGACACAGCUUCUGAUGGGAGAAUUUCCCAGUUGAUUACAAAGUCUGCUUAUAAAUCGCAAUAAGCCUUAUUCCAAAUUACACCUGCUAUGGUUUUCCCCCAGGCGGCCUCCACUACCUUUAUAUACAGGCCCUGGAAACCAACGAAGUAUUGGCUGUUGGUGUGGAGGUAGUUUGACUAACCGAUAAGGUACCGACAGUAACAUGGGGUACAUCUUUAUUUAUCUCUUUUUAUAAACUCAGAGGUUUGACAACCACUCGUACACACCCGCCCUCUGUGACCUGUCUUACGAAGUGAGUUCAUCCACUGUACGUUGGGCUCUCGUGAUAUCUGGCUCUUUAUCCAGCUUUGAGCAAGUUCGUAUGAAAGUGUCUUGACUUUUUAUGGUGUAGUUUAAAGGCUCAUUUAUGCACAACAUCAGAUACAGAAGCAGAUAGAGCCUGCUAUCCGUCCUAUCCAUUCAUUUAACACACAUCUUCUGAAAGCUUACGGAUACAGACCAAACAGCAGUACUACACGAAACCAUGGGGGGGCAGUGUAGUCCAUAGUUGAAGCGAGACGUGAGGGAGAUACUUCUUCAGUUGUUCAGAAGGUUCCUUGUAGGGAGAACAUCUAGAUUCUCACUAUGCCCUCGAGUGUGGGCAGCGACGGAUCCUUGUUUAAAACAGACGCUUAUCUCUUCUUACGUAAAAGUAGCAUAAAUGAGCCUUAAGCUGAUGCUAAUUCGUCGUGUAGCCAAGGUGAUCUACGCUGGUGAAAAGUUAACUAAAGUGUAACUCACUUUAUAAUACAGGCCCACACAGGUUCUAAGAUGAGUUCCCUGUAGUGUAAGUUAUUCAUUUGAGGUUUUAACAACGAGCUCUGUUUCUACGCCCUCUUCGAACUGACGUUUGAGCUGGGAUGUUACGAAAGGUUUGUGCAUGAGGGGACAGGGUCGUUCUUCCAGCCCGAUUAAUGUGGGGAUGGUUUGAAAGGCAACUUGAAAAUACUCAGAGUUCUGUUUUAAGACAAAAGAUACCAAACAUGAUCUCACGCAACAGCCGGGUACCUUUGAAAACCAAUUUGCCGAACACUAGACGAGCUAGGAAACAUGAAUCAAUACUGGAACACUGGCAACACCAGAAUAUUUAACUUUCCAAAUCAACCACAUUUUAGUGCAAACGUAACCAACUGUCAUUAUCACAGGCUCCGAGUCACUGGCAAAGAAAUACAUCCAAAGUUUGUGUUUUUUUGCACAAAUGAAAAGUAUCAAGUCUCCUGAAUCACGUGCAGAACUUAAAUCUUCAAGCCUACAGCGACUAUCAGAGAGUUCACGCUCCAGACUGUUAACUACUUUACUCGUUCAGCCAAAAUACCUAAAUCUCAAUGUUCACAAACCUUACUGUAUAUGUAGGCAUUCGAAAAGUCCAUAGUUUAAAUGGCACUACACUGUAUGCAUCUGAAUUGGCCAGAAUUUUCCUGCUGAUGUUGUGUUUUUUUACUUGAUGUAUUAUAUAAUAAGUAGUGUUUUAAAUGUCAUCUGUAGAGUAAGUAGUCUGGGCUCGAUCCACAGACAGCUUUCAACCCCUGUGAGAGAGUAGAGCUGAGCAGAGCCCUGGAUUGGACGAGUUUGGCAAAUCCCGAGUAUCUUGAAGAGGAAGAUAACUUUAAAUUCUGUCGCACCAAAUCGUGCACUUGGGACUCGAGAACCACUCCAGGACGACCGGAUAAAAAAUGUCAGUGUCCCAGUAAAACAUCAAAUAGAUUUGAAAUGUGGCCGAUCUCACAAAUUCCAACGAAAACGUUCUAAAUGCUGCAAAUGUCGAGCGUUUGUGGAGGAACUCCAGAAUGAAAUGACCCUUUGGCAGCCGAAAACUGAAGAAUAAGUGAGAUGUCCGAUUGCUUGCAUUUGCCAAACACUGCACAACGUGUGGCUCUCCGUUAGAGUAGCUGUUCUCAUGUGAAGGCCUUGGAGUGGCAGUUUACCCCUGUUUUGCCAAAGGGAAAUCUUUCUAUCACAAUCUUAAUAUUUGCAGUCCGACCUGUGAAGGGUUUUAUAACCAGUGGAACUUUCUUAAAACACCAAAUAUUAUUCAUACUUCAUUACCACUCUGAAAGGAGACAAACAGACGCCUUGAUAUUGUUUAAGCGCUAACUAGAACCUUUCUAUUUAAAUUUGUAUGCAUUUGUCUCUUCACUGGCAUGGGGCUGAAGGUUUAUACACUGUAAAAAGUUAAUGCUAGCUUGCGCAAAAAAAAAAAAAGAAAUAAUGUAGAAGCAGAUUGCAUCACUUUUUGAGUAACUCUAACAAUUUAUUAUCUUAAAUAUAACUAAAUCAUGUUGGAUUUACUUAAAAUCGCCUGCUGCCUAAUUCGUCAGAGUGAACUUGUGGAGGAAGUAAAAAGCUUCGCAGUAACGUAGUUGUUAGCAUCGAGCUAGUUUGCUGCAUAAAUUUUCAAGAAGCUAACUUUUCUUUUUCAGUUAUGGGAGUUAGCUCUUUCGCUACGCCAGCUUUGUUGCACCACCUCUCUCUACCUUGACUCAAAGGCUAGUCUUACGCGGCGCUAAUGACAGGUUAGCCGUUCAAAGUGUUCGUACCAAGUUGGGAAGUUUGUCACAACUGCAACGUUUGUUUUUUCUAACUCGUCGAGGAAAGGAAUUGCAAAUGCACUUCGACUUAGCUUCCUACCUUGGUUGGGACGGCUCAGCGGUCAGACAGGCCAUCGCUGUACAUACGGUUUUACACUAAGACCAAGCGAGGAGUAGAAGAACAAGCUGUAGAUCGCAGUAGUGUUUGAUCUGAUUCUUCUUUGGUGGGGUUUUGACGAAGUGGGCAGGGUUUCAAAUGAAGGAAAAGCACUGGUUCUUUUCGCUUUGCGUGAAACGGCUGCUGCGUUGUUUCCUUAACAAAAGUUGCUUCUGGUGUUAACAGCAACAGAGAUUUUGUUGUUUUUUUGGACUCACAAUAAUAAUGUUGUACCUGAUGUAAGAAAAAAAAAAUACAAUGGUGUUGAAUCAGUUGUGUACCAUUAGCGACGUUGCUUCUGAUGUAAAGAUUGAUGAUUCGUUCGUUGCCUCGUUCGCUUCUUGACCGACCGACUCCCAACAGACUAACGGACUAAAGGAAGGACUGACGCCGGUGCGAGCCGAGCGCCGCGUCAGCAUUUAACGUACUGUUGGGGAAAAAGAAAAAGAGAAAACAUUACCGGAGCUAUUCUCUACGCUUAAAGUAAAAAAGGAGGAUGAUGAAGAGAGGAAGAAGGAAGACGAGGAGGAAGAAGAUAAAAAUUUAAAGACAAAAAAAAAAAUGAAGUUACAGCCAUACAUUGAUUUCUGGGUCAGUGAGACAGAAAUGGACUCCUCCUGCCCAGCAUGUGUAUUGUUAUGGUGUCUAUCUGUCCCUCUGUGUCUCUAACCCGUCUUUCUCCGCUGCCACAUUAACCAAACGGGCAGCAAAUCCUUUUUGUUCCGUCUUUCUCCUCCCAGAUGCCCCUCCCCCUUUUUGCCCUCCCUCUGCCAUGUUUUCCAUAUUUUGGAAUGUCGAUGUGCUACUUGUUGAUACUGUGCAUGAAUGAUAACAUGUCUGUAUAUAGUUAUAGAGAAUCGUAUCCCAUUCCCCCUGGAGUUGACAAAAAAAAUGGUUUGAAUGUUGUACAGAUUCAGGCUUUUAUUCAGUUUUUUGUUUCUUUAUGUACGUAGAGCUUAACGACGGUUUGUUUUUAAUUUAAACGAAGGCAGUGACGUCUUCUCGUUUCGAGUAACUUGCACAUGACUAAUUAAUUAAGGGUUAUUUUUGGUAAAAAGGCAAUAUCUGCUGUUAUUGAUUGAGAGAUGAGAUCUUUAAGGAGUUAUAUAUCUUAAAUAAAUAUUCUAUAGGGGAGUUGCAUGGGUUAUUUGUACAAAAAAAUAAUAAUAGACACUGCUUGCUACUUCAAAUACCGUGGCUGUAUUCUCAGAGAGAGGGCGAGGAAUACUGUAUGUACAUCUAAAGGUUAUUUUGUCAUUAAGGAGAUAAUAAUGAUGAUGAUGAAUAUUGUGUAUAUACUGUACAGUGUUAAAAGUGAGGUGGACUACAUGGCCAUCUGACCGUAGAGAGUUACUUCUACAUAUUUAUUUAAAGGAAACUAAAACACUCGCUACACUCAACAAUGACAUAUAUUGCCUUUUUUUUAGAAGUUGUUCGCUUGUUUCUCUCUCUCUCUGCCUCGCUCUCUCUUUUCUAUCUGUUCAUUUAUCCGUCUCCUUUCUUCCCUCCAUCGCUGUGGACGUAUAUCAGAUGGACUUUUGUCAAUCUUGUCACUGUUUAAUUCGUCGGCUCUGUCCGUCUGACGUUCGUCCGUCUGACGUUUGUCCGUCUGACGUUCGUCCGGCAGCUUCACACCUUCUUGUCGUUUAUCCCUCUUUUGUUUUUCCAUCUUCAUCCAUCCAUACUUACACUCAGUAUAUCUGCUCCACCAUUUGUCUGCACUCGAAUCCCCGUGUGUUCGAUUCCGAACGUCCGUCAUCUUUCCAAACUCAAUCCCCUCUUUUGUUCUUCUUGAUCCUUUCUUCCACCUCCACUCUUUGCCUCCAUCCAUCUCUCCCGUCUUUCUUUCCUCUCUCUCUUCUUCUCUCCGCUCUCACAGGGUGUAGUCGGGGGUUUCAUGUUUGUCGAUAUGAUUUGGUGUGUUUUCUUUUUGAAUGGAACAAUAACCACAAAUUAAAAUGUUGGGUAUAAUGAAGAUUUUUUUUUUUGCCACUGUUAAUUUUCUUUUUGUUUGGUUUUUGAAUUGAUUUGUGUUGAUCAACAUCUGAACGGAGGAACGUUGUGUGUGUGUUGCCACUAACUGUGACUGCUCUCCAUGGUACAUGGUACUUCUGAUAAAACCAAUAAAAUAAAGUUUGGGAUACCGUGUUUCAGAGA